AUGUCACGAAGAUACAAAGGCACGAAUUACAAGUUAUGCCGUUGCUGCUACAAAUGGCGUUGUCGGUGUCUAAUACCGCGUCAGGCGAAACCACAUCCGCCCUUCAACAGCGAGACGAAGGCGUUCAACGAAUUAGGUUUACACCCUAAAAUGCGAACUCUCGCAUCAGAUUCACCGGCUGUAGGCACUUAUUAUCCUCGACCGAUCGAACGCAAACCUGAAUCUAUAAGUUGGGAGAGGAAAGAAGAGACUGAAAGGUUUUCCGCCACGAUGGACGGUCGUCUAACCGAGGAGGUCUUGAUGCAGCGAGAAUUAAUAAAAACUGGGGGUGGACCUGGUACUUACGACAUGCUUCGUUGGCCUGAGACUACUUUGGGAGAUCCUUGCAAGAGUCUGUGGGAGAACAUCGAUUUCGGGACGGUGCCACGGUUUGAGCCUAGAUACAAGUCUACCACACCUGGUCCAGGAUACACCCUCCGAGUGCACAAUCCGUAUUAUUACUUGGAACAGAAAAGAUUGAAAGGUUUCUCUCAGGUACCAACGUUCGAGUUUGAUUUAGCACCGAGAUUCCGAGAAACUAAAAGAAGUUGGUCUCUACCGUGCAACAGGUAUAACGUGAGGCAUCCGCACUCGCUUGAAGCUUUUCUUAAAAAAGUCACGGGCAAAAGAGGGCCUUACGAUCUUUUUACAGGACCGAGAGAUGAAACUACCCUCAGAGGCGUGCUAAGGGUACGUGAAAAAUUACCGGAUAGCGGGGACUGGCCGCGGAAAUUACCAAGUGAAAUGGAAAAACUUUUGAGCAAGUCCAAUUAUUUCAAAGGAAAAUGGACCACCAAUCCCAGAUUUCCAAAGAAGCCAGUCAUGAGGAUAUUGUUACAAGAUAUCAGCACGUGUUAUAAGAACCCCGAUGAACCGGGACCAGGUCAUUACGACCCCCAAAUACCUCGAAAGCCGAGCACUCGUAAAAAAUAUCCUUUCGAUAGCAACGUGGAGUUUGCACAUCCCCUUCCGCCAAGUGACAUUCGUCCUGGACCAGCCAGAUACCAGAUUAAACGCGAUCGUAUCAUAAAAGGACACGGGUGGACGUCCAUAUUCAAAAGCAAAGCACCUAGAACGCUCAGCAUUCAUAAGCCAUCAUAUAAAUAUUUCUAA